AUGCAACUAUUCACGGCCCUGUAUCAAACAUCUGAUUUCGAUAACGCCCUCAUCGACCUGUGCAUAGUAGCCUUCUGGGGACUGGCGCGCCUAGCGGAACUGACCUACGACCGUAAGGACGGGCCGGUCCGAUGCGACAUGUCGGUACUGACGUCCGACGUCACGUUCACAGAGACAUCGAACGGGAUGGGGGUAACGGCGGCGAUCACCCUGAGGGCCGCCAAGACAGCCGGCCCGGGCGGAACCCAGCUAAUCCUUCUGACAGAGCAGCCACACAUACUGUGCCCAGUCCGGGCCAUCAGGCGCCGGCUAGCUGAAGCAAACGGCGAACGGACAUCGCUUUUUGGUUUUGGACGCCCUGCCAGUCGCCACCACAUCACGCGCAGGGCAGCGGUCACCAGAAUCCAAGCGAUUUUUGCAACAGGGGGAGGUAACCAGCUUUUGGGACACUCGUUCAGAGUAGGAGGUGCCUCCUUGAGGCACGCCCUGGGAAUGAAGCCAGAUCAAAUUUGUUCUCUGGGUCGCUGGACCUCCCAUUGUUAUCGCUUGUACCUUCGACCUUACAGCCGCGAAGAUAUGUUACAUACUACUAGUUUGCUACGAGCUCUUGUAUCUAACUGGAGCAAGAUGAGUUGA